AUGGACACAGAGGUCACAGUGAAAGUGGAGGAACAGUCGGAGUUGCUAGCAUGUCGGAUUUGUCUGGCUUGGGACGUGAAAUUGUAUCACAUUCGCGAGUCCAGCUUAGAUCAAAUGUUCUCGGAAAUCAUGGGAACUUCGCUGUCAGCAUGGGAUGGGCUGCCACAGCACCUGUGCGCGUGGUGCCGCGCGCAGCUCGCGCGGACGCAGGCGCUGCGCGCGCGCUGCCGCCGCGCCGACGCGCUGCUUAAGCAGGCACUCCUGCACCAACACUUUAUAACAAACGAUUUUAUCCAAACAAUCAACCGCUCAACGCACGGCCUCACACACACACUCUCAACCCAAAUGUUUAACGAAGACGCCACUUUUUAUUGUAACUACGACACACAGGCGGAUUUAUACAACUCAUGUUUCGUAAAUAAGAAUAGACAUAUUAAUGCCGUUGUCGAAAAUGAUGACAUGAAUAAUCAUGUCAAAAAUGAUGAUUUACAAAAUGAUUCCAGUUCAGAGCUAGAUGUAGACAAGUUAGAAGUUGAGCAUGGUAUCAAUGUUAAAUUAAAAAAUAAUAUCAGUAACAUAGAUGAAAAUAUAAAUUUACCUGAAGAAGAAACAGUUGAACUUUUAGAUCCGCAGCUAAAAAAGGUAAAAUCAAAGAAAAAAAGACUAUCUACAAAAAGACAUGAGAAGAAAAGUAAACAUACAAACAAAAUAGAACAAGCAGAAAUACUUGAAAAAAGUUCAAAUAAAGAAAUAGACACAAAUAGAAAAAGACCGACUAGACGAAAAAUUAAAGAGCAACAAACAGACAAAGUGGGAAAAAGGAAAGAGCGCUCAAAGCAAUUUUGUACUGACGAAGAUUUCAAAGAAUUUGAGAAGAAAUACGAUUUCCAAGUGCAGUGUUUGACUGAAGAAGAAAUGGAGAAGGAGAUGCUAAAGAGAAAAGAAUCUGACAAGUAUCUUAAGGGGGAGUACAAGUGUGAGCUGUGUUAUAAAGGGUUCCUGACGUCUGUCACUUACGAGAACCACAUGAAGACACAUGAUCGGGCGCGCGGCGAUCACGCGUGCCGGCUUUGCCACGUGCGUUACCAGUUCCCAGUGAAGCUGCGACAACAUGUACAGAAUACCCACCGGCUGAAGUUCCGAUGCGCGCAGUGCAACGAACUAGUGCGCGGCAAGGCGUGCGCCGUGCUACACGCGGCGUACCACGCGGGUACCACGUUCCAGUGCGCGCAUUGCGAAAAACAGUUCCUAAAGAAGACGUCGCGCACCUCGCACAUGCGUAUGGCGCAUCCCGCGGAAAACGCGGCCGGCGGCACCUGCGAGGUGUGUGGAGAGACCUUUACCAGCCGCACGGGGCUCAAGGCACACAAGACGCGAAGCCACAAGAAGGUUAAUUUGCCAGAAUUAAGAUGCCGGAAGUGCAGGACACAGUUCGACAAUAUGGACGCUCUGAAGAAACAUAAAGACACGUACGCGAUCAACAAGUGUGAUUCCAGUUUAAGCGCGUGCUCGCAGUGCGGGGAGAGCUGCGCGAGCGCCGACGCUCUGAUCCUGCAUGCGCACGCGCAGCACGGCGUGCAACUCUACACCUGCGACACUUGCACGAAGUCCUUCACAUCGAAGCCGUCCCUCGCGACGCACAUCGACCGCGUGCACCGGCUGCUGAGGCCGGCGAAGGCCGACUACAGCGACGGAGGCCGCCGCUCGCAGCCCGACUGGCUGCACUGGGCCUCCGUGUGCGAGCACUGCGGGAAGCGACUAUCCUGCCUGGCCACGCUGAAGAUACACAUGAACAAACACACGGGGGAUAGGCCGUACAAGUGCACGCUGUGCCCCAAGGCGUACAUGACGCCCUACGGACUUAACAACCACCAGGCGUUCCACACGGGAGUGAGGAAGUGGCAGUGCCCGGAGUGUCCCGCCACCUUCAUGCACCAGUCCUCCGUAUACCAGCAUAGGAAGAUACACACAGGGGAGCGCUCCCACCAGUGCACGAUCUGCGAGAAAUACUUCACGCAGUCUGGUUCACUGUACACGCACGUCAAAUACGUACACAUGAAGGAAACACCGCCGCCGCGCAAGCGCAGCAAGAAACCUGUACAACAGUAG